AUGCCGCUAAGUGAGGGAGGCUUGUACAGUGGGUUCCGCGCAGUUCGCGGCUCGUUCGGCGGAUGCCUGCAAUGGGUCCGGAAGUUCGCGACCGAAGUGCCGUUGUCGCCCACGAUGCGGCGCGCUCUCGCGCUAGCGGAACGGACGGACGGAGCACUGUGCGGGCCCGACGCGUCCAAACUCGUAGUAGACCGGGCGCCCGUGGUCGACAGUUCCGGUCAUUCGGUGCGUGCUCGGGAAGUUCUUGGGGUACACAGCUUUUACGCGCGGGGGUCGAACUUCCAGAUUCGACAACCCGCUGGCUCGCAGGAGUUUGGGGUCACGUUCACUGACCAUAUGCUCCUUGUUCGUUAUCGCGGUGGCCACUGGAUGGAUCCGCUGAUAACCAGUCGUCGCCCGCUUGAGCUGGAUCCGGCGAGCUCGAGCCUGCAGUACGGCUUGCAGAUUUUUGAGGGUUUGAAGGCGUACCGGCCUGACCCGGUUGGGCCCGAGACCGAGGACGUUGUGCGGCUCUUCAGGCCCCAAGAGAACCUCCAGCGUAUGUAUCGCUCCGCAGCGCGCCUUGCACUCCCGCUUUUUGACACCGGCUCCAUGCUGAGGCUAAUCGAGGAGUACGUCCGCAUCGAGGCGGACUGGGUACCAGUACGCGCGCCAGACGAGAACUUCAGAGCGGUGUCUUUGUACCUGCGGCCUUGCCUCAUUUCAACGGACGCACGACUGGGUGUACGACGCGCGGAAGAGGCGCUCUUCUAUGUGAUCGCCUCUCCAAGCCUGGGCGGUUAUUAUAGCGCAGCGAACAACGCUGGCGUCACCUUGCUCGCUACAGAGGAGUUCGUACGCGCAUGGCCAGGCGGUGUUGGCGACACGAAAUGUGGAGGCAAUUACGCGCUGAGUCUCGUGGCUCAAGAGCUUGCACACGCGGAGGGAUGCCACCAGGUGCUUUGGCUAGAUCCAGACCGGAACGUUACAGAGGCAGGGGUAAUGAACUUUUUCGCUGUCACUUCUUCGGGGGAGGUGGUGACGGCGCCGCUGAGCAAAGGCCUCAUUCUGCCUGGUGUCAUGCGCAGCGCGGUGAUCCAGCUCAUCGAGCAGGGCCGUUUCCCACCAGGUGCGAACCAUUCGAGCUGGCGGCUUGUCGAGCGCAGCCUCUCUGUCGAUGAACUUGUGCAGGGGAUUGAGCAGGGCCGCAUUGUGGAAGCAUUCGGAACAGGUACUGCGGCGAUGAUAUGCCCCGUGGCAGCUGUCAAGUACCGGGGCCGCACUUUUCGCCUUCCGGAAGCCUCUGAUGCCAAGCGACGGCUAACUUGGCAGCUCAGCCGGGCACUCGAGCACCUAUUCUUCGAUCCGGAUCCGCAUUUCGCAGCACAUCCGUGGAUUCAUACAGUUCACGUCAGCCGAAUACCACAGCACGCAAGCGCAUCGCACACCCAGUUCGGAUAG